UCAUUUUAUUUUCAAUAUUCAUCCGGCAUAUCUGGCAAAUUUAUUUCUUCUCCAACUUUUUUUUUUAUUGAGCUACCUACCAAGAAACUAAAAAUGGAUUAUGAUCCCUAUCGAAACCGUGAAACCAAAAAUUUGGGCUAUUGCGGCGCUUUUAUGAAUAUGGUGAAAUGUCUCUUUGGCACUGGCAUACUGGCUAGCCCCUUGGCCUUUAGAAAUGUGGGCUGGCUCAUGGGUUUCCUGGCAUCGGCCGCUGUGGUGGCCAUCAUGACCAUAUCGGUGCACAUACUCAUACGAGGCAUGGUGGAAGUUAGUCGCAGACGUCAAGUGCCCUAUAUGUCCUUUCAGAAGGCCAUGUGUGAGGGUCUAAUGGAAGGUCCUGAAUGGUUACAUCGCAAUCGUGUAAUAGCUGAAUAUUUUGUUUUAUUUUUCAUGCUGGGAUUUUAUUUUGGCGUUGGUUCUGUCUAUGUUGUCUUCAUUGCCGAUAGUGUCAAUAAACUAUUGGAGCACUAUUGGUCCAUUGAGCUGGAUAGCCGUCUGAUAAUGUGUCUCGAGAUUAUACCACUCACCAUGAUUUUUAUGAUACGCCGAUUGAAGGCCUUGGUCCCUUUUAGUGCUUUGGCCAAUGUUUUGCUUUUUUCGGCCCUUAUUGCCAUUAUGGGCUACAUAAUAGUCGAUGGAGACAUGCCCGCUUUGGAGGAAAGAGAAGCUAUAAAUGAUUUGGCCGAAAUGCCUCUAUUUGUGGGAACAAUUUUAUUUGGAUGUUCCUCGCUUGGUGUGUUCUUGGCUAUAGAAUCGGAUAUGAUAAAACCAAAGCAAUUUAUAAGUAAAUUUGGUGUACUCAAUGCUGGAAUGUUGAUUAAUUACCUGACCAUGGGAUUAUUUGCCUUUUUGGGCUAUUGGAAGUUUGGUGAUGCCUUGGAGGGAAGCAUUACUCUCAAUAUACCGGAUGAUAUUAUACUAUCUCAAGUUAUUACAAUCACUUAUAUUUUGGCUGUUUUCAUUACAUAUCCUCUUCAAUGUUAUGUUAUUGUGGAUAUACUAUGGAUUAAUGGAGCUGCAACAAAAUAUCCCAGCGAACAACACUUGUGGCGUGAGACAGUUUUGAGAUGUUUCAUUGUUAUGACGACAGUUUUAGUUGCCAUUUGCAUUCCGAAAUUCGAUUUGAUUUUAUCUUUGGUCGGCUGUGUUACUGUGACUAUUCUAAGCAUUUCUUUUCCAGCCGUUUUGGAUAUUUGUCUACGUUUUACCUCUGAUUUUGGUCCUUACAAAAUUUAUCUAUGGCGUGAUUUGUUUUUGUUAAUCUUCGGUGUGGCCUGUUGUAUAUCUGGUAUGAUUGGAGCUAUUUUGGACAUUAUGGGAUCUGGUGGAGAUUAUGCAGUGGACUUUGAAAAAGCAUACAACAUUUCAUUAAAAACAAUCGCUUAAAAUUCAGAAGUUAUGUA